AUGCAGCGCCAAAAGAGGACUUUAAAUUUGUAUAACGAGGAGAAGCACGAGAGACAAUGUACCACUUGCGAAUCGCGAAUCUGUAAGAACUCGGACGGCGAUGAUAACGGUGGCCACAACUCCGAUGCCUCUGUUGUUGGCGAGAGCAAUGGCGUUACCAUCAUUAAUGCAAUUAUCAAGAACCAGGAUGACUGCUUGGCCGUUAACUCUGGUACUAGCAAGUAG